GGUGCCUGCCCAGUGCUGUGUUCCUUGGGUACUUUCUUCAUAAUUUUUAAUUACCAAUUUCUAUUCUGGAAUUAAAUUGAUUUUUGAAUCAAUUUUCAAUGUUUAUGCAUAAAUAUAAGUGAAGAAAAAAUACUAAAAGGAAAACAAAACAGUUCAAAAAAAUAGCUCCUGAUCCAAGUUCAAAUUUCAUGAAAAUCAGAAUUUGGGCUUAUGAAUUAGGGUUUGAUUUCAAGUAAUUUAUAAUUUAAUACUUCAUAUUAGCAUAAUAAGCAAAGCUUUCGGUGAAAAUGAUACAUGAUAGUAUAAAAUACAAGUACAGCAGAAUUGAAAUGCUUAACGGGAAGCACCAUGCCAAAUUUCAUGGAAGGUAAUUUUCCAGUUUAUUAUGAUCCCAAUGUCAAAUUAUCAGCUUUGCAUAAAAUGGCAAAUUAUAUUUUAAUAGUAAAUCAUUACUAUUACUGAAUAGUUUUAGGUAGAACAGAAAAUUCUGAUUUGCCGUCUUUGUGUAUGGUAGGUAGAAAAAUUAACUCUCAAACCUGAACUUUAUUACAGUGAUUUAUCUUGGACAUUUUUUUAAAAAUGUGCUGAGUUUUUUCACUCUGGUAAACUGUUUGCUGAAUCUGCUGCUAAGUCAUUAGAUUUAUAAGGAAUGUGCCUCUGUUGUGACAUCAGCCACUGUGGAGCAGGACACUGGCCUCUGCAGACCGUGUGCUGACGCUGGCAGGAAAUAAGCCCUGACCAAAGAGCUUUUUUGCUAGAUCUAUUUUCUGCCUUCAGCAAAGCCACUGUGGGGAGCCCCGUCCUUAAAAAAAAAAAAAAAUAAAAAAGCAUUAAAAGAGUUUGGUUAGAGUCUAAGUAAAUGUAUCCUUUGGGAGUAUAGGAAACGUUUAGCUGAUUCAUUCUAAGCUGUGGUUGACAGAAACUCCUCUUCAGAGAGUCUGGGAUUUGCCUAAGUGAGGACCCCAGGAUUUAGUGCAGUAAUAGCCUAAAUCUUCUUCUGUACUGAAUGAAGUAUUAAUAGACAUGUACCCCAAAAGGUGGAUAAAAAGAGGCUCAAAGCUGUUUCAAUUCAGUAUAUUCAACCCUUGUGGUUUUGAAGAGGCUAAAUAAAAGUUUACUGAACGUUUUUUUUUUAAUCUGAUUGAAACUUGUGACCUGUUAUUUCAAUUUGUAGACAGAAAUUCACAAAAUGCACAGUUCAGGUUAAGUGAGUUGUCCAGUGCAUGGAAACAUUUCCAGCACUAAGAAAGCCAUGUUUCUGAGGACUGUUUGAGCUACAGAUAAUCAGCAAUGUUCUGUCCCUUUGACCACUGUUGUCUCUAUUUCACUGCAGUUGGGAUGCAGGGAAUAAGAAAAAUUCAACUCUGAUAAUUAAGAGCUGAGCUAUUUCUUUCGUCAUUCCAUUACUCUUGAUGGCUUUUUGCCACACUCAGGAUUACAUUAUGUUUCAUUGCCCAGCAUGGCAGAAGGUGACAGGUGAGAGAUGGGUCUCAGUGUCUCAGCACAGCGCUCUAUGUGAGAAAAAUGAAUGGCUUGUCAGAAACAAAGUCUGGAAAGGAAAGGAGAGAUCUUUCAAAGAUGGGAGGAGCCAACUUUGACAGAGACUUACCAUAUUGAAGCUCAGCAUUUCAAAACCUUUCUCCUUCAGGACUUUUGUACUAGAAGUCAUAAAUAUUGCCAUUUUCAAUUCCAACCUGUGUUACAGCUAUUGCUGCAGGAGGAAAGGAAGAUGCCAUUGAGGAGCUCAGCAGGAUUCCUGCUGCUCUUGCUCUCUCAAUGCACUGUGUCCCUGGGCACCACAGAGGCAGUGGUCCUGGCUAACGCCCACCUUCUCCCCCAAAGAGACUAUGAGAGACUGGGAAACGCCAAUGAAAAAGACUAUCCAAGGGACUGUUUUGAGAUUUUACAGCGCUCCAAAGGAAAUUCCAGAGAUGGCCUUUACAUUAUCCAGCCAAAAGAGGAAUCAAUUGUUGUUUUUUGUAACAUGCAGGAUGGUGGCUGGACAGUAAUCCAGCACAUUACAGCCAACAGUACUGUCGACUUUGACAGGACCUGGCAGGACUACAAAUACGGAUUUGGCUCUGUUCAUGAGAACCACUGGCUAGGAAAUGAGUACAUGCAUCAGUUAACUGGCAGCUCAGUGCAAUAUGUACUUGGAGUUAAACUUGUAAAUCUAGAUGCUGAAGUCAAAUGGGGACAGUAUGAGCCAUUUCUGAUUGAGGGGGAAGAGUCUCAGUACCGACUCAGGGUUGGUCUUUACAAAGGCAACGCCACCGAUGCGCUGACCCUGGACACAGAAGCUUAUCUCCAUGACAACCAGAAGUUCACCACCAAGGACAGAGACAACGACAAUUACUUUAUGAAUUGUGCCAAACUGGAACUCAAUGGCAUUCCUGGGGGAGGCUGGUGGUACGAUGCCUGUGCUGGAGCAAACCUAAACCGCAGGAAUGUGAUAUACUGGCAAAAAGACUGCAACAAGCAACGCCCGUGCAAGUUUGCAUGGAUGAUGGUCAAACCCAUCGAGCACCACCAGUCGUACCCCACCAAGGCCUGCCCCUGCCAGAAAGUUGAGCUGUAGACAAGCCGUGUGUAUUUGACAGGAACACGGACUCUUUCUCCUGAAGUGAACUCACUGACUGAGUCAUAACCCUAAGCAACCAUGACUGAAAAUUUAAACUGGGCCUCUGCAAGGGCUUUAUGAUGACAUAUUGGACUGGAAUUUGCCAACCACACGAGUGAGAAACUAUCAGAAACUGAGGCCUUUACCACAAGAUCUAAAUAAUCAGAAGAUUUAAAUAAUUCAUUUUAUACUGUUUUAGCUAUAAGACAAGUCUGGUAUGAAAUCCAGGACAUGAUGCCUUGUACAAUAUAUACAUGAAUAAAA